AUGAAGAUCUCUCUCACAGCCCUAACCCUCGGCCUCAGCGCCUCAGCCCUCACACCCCGCCAACCCCCUUGCUGCUUCACCCUCACCGCCACCGGCGGUUCCGGUGGUCCCCUCGGCCAGCUCGCCGACGGCCAGAACCGCAUCGGCCAAGGCUUUCCCCCGAGCACCUACUGCAUCAGCGAGGACGGAGGCCUGACCGACCAGAGCGGACGCGGAUGCAUCCUCACGGGGCCGACUACGCAGUUCCAAUGUGACACUGGUGCUGGAGCUAUGCCCGGCUUCUCGGUUGCCUGCGAUGGCAUGCUUACCUACAAUCACACGUCGAAAUUCGUUGCUUGUCCUACGGGCGACCAGGGCGGUUUCAAUGUCUAUGUCAGAGCUCCACUGGGCCAGGGAGGGUGUGUUGAUGUGACGCUUGCGGCGGACUCAUGUAGGGCAGGUUGUCCUGCUCCAAGCCCGGCUCCAGCUUCAGCGGCACCAGCUGCUGCUCCAACGCAGAAGUCCUGCCCCCCGAACUUAUCCGGCAUGUGGGAAGUAAGCUCGGCCCCCGCUCCCAUCCCACCCCUCCUCUCAAAACCCACCCAGCUAAUCCACCCUCCUCCACAGUUCCCCCACCUCAUCAUCUCCGUCGACGAAUCCAACCCCUCCAAAGCCCAGGGGACCUCUUAUAACGGCCACGUCACCUCAAACAAGAGCACAAUCUUCAACUUCGACUUUCCCGCCUCCCUAGCCGGGAAGACCUGCACGCUGGUCUUCCUCCUCCCGACGCAGGACAGGUUCGUCACGUCCUCCUUCCGGCUUAGUGGGAGCGGGGAGGUGGUGUUCGCGCACCUUAAGGGCGCUGCGACUGAGGAGACGACGUGGGGAAACAUGCCGACGUGGACGGAGGACUAUGGAAUGCAGAGCUUGAAGCCGGGGAAUGGUUAUGUUGUUACGAGCUUUGCGUGCCCGGCGGGGAAGAGAGAGGGGUAUGUUAUGGGUGCGAUGUUGCCGCAUAAGGAUCCGACUAGCUUGGAGUGGUUUCAGGACUAUAACCCGGAGCCGAUUGGGCUGUAUGUUUCCGCUUGUUGA